AUGUCCGGAUUUUUGGCGCCGUUCAGCGCCAACGUAUAUUUUCCUGCGUUGAACGUGAUACAAGAAGACCUCCACUCAACCACAGCAUUGGUUAGCUUAACCGUCACAAUGUAUAUGGUUGUUCAAGGCAUCUCGCCCUCCAUCUGGGGUUCUCUGGCAGAUAGUUGGGGUCGACGACCUAUCUAUGUUACCACUAUUUUCAUUUAUUUUUCAGCAUGCAUCUGUUUAGCCAAUGCGCCCAACUAUGCUGCCCUCCUCAUCCUGCGCAUGGUUCAAGCUUUCGGAUCCAGUUCCGUCAUUGCUAUUGGCGCAGGCACCAUAGGUGACAUUGCUGCUCCUUCUGAACGAGGUGGAUACAUGGGUAUCUACAGCUUAGGGACGAUGUUGGGUCCUAUCCUAGGACCUGUACUAGGCAAAAAAUGCCAAAUAGGUGGCUUGCUUGCUCAAUCGCUUGGUUGGCGAUGGAUUUUCUGGCUGUUGGCAUUGUUUGGUUUCACACUGUGGUGUUUACUUGUCUUGUUUCUGCCAGAGACAUUACGGUCCCUUGUACAAGAUGGCUCAGGUUAUGCCAAUCCGACCCCUUUCCAGUACUUCAAGCAUCGACGUGCCAAACGCGACCAGCGUGAAAAAAUGGCCAUGAAGAAAAAGAGUUUGCGACAACGACUACCCAAUCCAUUCCGCACCAUCACUUACUUGAAAGAAAAGGACAUUGCCGUGAUUUUACUGUACAAUUCUCUCCAAUAUGCCGGUUUCUACUGUGUGUUGACCAGUAUGACCAAACUGUUCAUGGAUAUCUAUGGCCUCAACGCUUUCAAGAUUGGUCUGUGCUUUCUGGCCACUGGUUUUGGUGCUUCUGCAGGCUCAUUUACGUCUGGCCGUAUCUUAAAUUGGCAGUUUAAAAAAAUGGCCACAGCUAUGGGAUUGGAUUCGCAAAGAAUGACACGAGGCGAUCUGCAUCCCGAUUUCCCAAUUGAGAAAGCUCGCAUGAAUUUGACGUGGGUGUGGGGCUUGCUGUGUAGCAUCAUCUUGCUGCUGUAUGGUUGGAUGCUGCACAUCAAAGUUCAUCUGGCCGUCAGUCUCUUUCUUCACGUUAUUGUUGGAUUUUGUUCCACAUCGACCUUCAAUGCUACCAAUACACUUUUGGUCGAUUUAUUCCCGCAUAAUUCAGCCGCCAUUGUUGCUGCCAGUAACUUUACAAAAUGUCUAUUUGGUGCCGUAGCUGUCCUUAUUAUCAAUCCGGGCAUUGCCAUGAUGGGUGUGGGGUGGAUGUUCACUAUUGUGUCGGCCGUGCUUUGUAUAUCCCGAGUCCUGAUUGUUCUCGAGUUACGUUACGGUCCCUCAUGGCGUUCCGCACGCCAGAAUCGGUCAAACACCAAUGUAAAUUAG